CCCGGUCCACCUCAACCUCCUACGUCACCGUUGGUUUAAACUGCAUUUCCCAUGCUCCUCUGUCCGAGAAGCAGGCAGUCAUGCGGAUGGAAACAGGAGUGGGCAUCCGCUGCGCUGCAAGAAGAAGAAACUUCGAGGAAAGAUGCAUGAAGAGGAGGAUGGCAGCGAGGCACACUCCUUCACAGCUUCGCGAUUCGUGCCCUCCAGGUCUGUGGAUGUGGCCGAUAUCGAGGGAGCGAAAGAGCAGGCCUCCAAACUGUGCGGCUACUUGAACAAACUGUCCGGCAAGGGGCCUCUGAGGGGGUACAAACCGAGAUGGUUCGUGUAUGAUCCGAGGAAAUGCUAUUUGUAUUACUUCAAGACUCCCCAGGAUGCCUUGCCACUCGGACACAUCGAAAUAGGCGAUGCGUGUUUCAGCUACGAUUUGGAGGGGGAAGAAGGACAGUUUGAGAUCCGCACAGCCGGCAAAGAGUUUCUUCUGAAGGCCCCCAGUAAGCAGGUGAUGCAUUACUGGCUGCAGCAGUUGCAGCAGAAGCGUUGGGAUUACAGUAACAUGCGAGGAACUGGUCAGAGGGAAAGCUGGUGCUCCCCGACGCUGGCCCAUCCUCCCACCGGCCUUGUAGGCAAAGAUAAUGAUGCUUUCAGCUUUGAGAAGCCAUGUGAAACCAUGGAGAAGGUCCGCAGCGACUUCUCCAUGGACGACGAAACAGAGAGCGCUGGAAUGGUGGGGAUCCAAUCAGCCAGAGGGCCGUCCACAAACCCCCUUAAUUUCUCCCUGAAAAACUUUGGCACAGAACUCAGGAACUCCAUGUCUUACCUGCGUUCGGGCCGAGCUGAUCACAGACGCAGUAUGUUUUACACCGGCAACAGUCCCUCGGAGGAUUGGGAGUUGGUGGACCCACCAAAGGACUUCACCGAACAGAAGAAUCAUCCAGACACACACAGACAUUCCUUUGGAUCAGCGUUUACAUUUGAUUUUGUGCGCAACCCCUCGCGGCCUAAAAAGCUUUUGCUCCGAGACAUGAUGGGCACCGGAAAGUCGGGCCGCAGCACUGAAAACUCGCCGGUGGAGUGUAACGGCAGCAAGUCUUUGGAGAUGCAGCUUCGGCUCCAAAGCCAACAGCAGCAAGAAGAACUGAGUCGGCUGCAGCAGGAAGAGGUCAAACUCAAAGAAGAGCUAGCCACUCAGAAGGAGCUGGUGAGGCUACUGCAGCAGACAUUAAGGACCUCCCAGAGUGAAAGGCCCACUGUGGGCCGUCCAGCCCCGGCUCCAGACUCAUCGGCAGCCUCAGACCAGACCCAAACUUCAGUAGUGGCCCAGGGAGAAGUUGCACAACUGGAGGAGCUGCUUAAGGAACGCGAUGGACAGAUUCAGUCCAUGUGUGGUCACAUGGAGCGUCUUGCCCUGGAGAAGGAGAGUCUGCAAAAAGAGCUGAAGGGGCUGAAACUUAAGGUGGGGGAGAUAAAUGACCAGCUGGGGAUGCUGAUGGAGACCAUCCAGGCUAAGGAUGAGGUCAUCAUGAAGCUGUCACAAGAAAACUCUGAGCAGGGCGGAAAUCCAAAUGAUGCUGGCUCACCACCACCGCACAAAGACCUGCAGGAGCUGAGCAUCCUCAAGGACAGUCUGCAGGGCUACAAAUCCCAGAACAAGUUCCUGAACAAAGAGAUCCUGGAGCUGACAGUGUUGCGCAGGAAUGCAGAGAGUAGAGAGAAGGCUUUAGAAGCAAAGUGCACGGCCCUGGAAGCCAUGUUGUGUCAAGUGGAGAGUAAGUACCUGGUUCUGCUUCAAGAGGUGAAGAACCCUGUAUGUUCAUCUUCAGAGCAGAGCCCGGCCCAUGAGGUCAUCUCCAGAUUAUUAGAGGAUGCACUGCAGGUCGAAAGCCCAGACCAGCAGGAGCACCUAAUCUUCAAACCAAACACUGUCAGUGAGUAUGACGUGUAUGGCUUCAAGACCGUCCCCGAGGAGGAGGAGGAGGAGGAAAAACUGGUCGCAAAGGUGAGAGCCCUGGAGCUGAAGUCUCUGUCCAUGACAGAUCAGGAGGUAUCCAUCGGGGUCAAGUGGGAGAACUUCCUGGCCAGCACUAUGAACAGAGAUCUGGUUCACUCCCCUGAGCUGAAGGCCCUGAUUCGCUGCGGUGUGCCACAUGAGCACCGCUCUCAGGUGUGGCGCUGGUGUGUUUUUUUCCAUGUCAAGAAGUUUCGUGACCAGUUGCCAGCAGACUAUUAUGAGACCUUACUAAAUGUGGCAAGGGAGAAGCCCAACCCGGCCUCGAAGCAGAUUGAGUUGGACUUGCUGCGUACUUUGCCCAACAACAAGCACUAUUCCUCUCCGAGUGCAGGUGGCAUCCAAAAACUCAGGAACGUCCUGCUGGCUUUCUCAUGGAGGAACCCAGAUAUCGGCUACUGUCAGGGACUAAACAGGCUGGCAGCAAUUACCUUGCUCUAUUUAGAUCAAGAGGAUGCUUUUUGGACCCUUAUAGCUAUUGUGGAGGUCUUCAUGCCAAGAGACUAUUACACCAAGACUCUCCUUGGUUCACAGGUUGACCAGCGUGUGUUCAAGGAUCUGAUGAAUGAGAAGCUACCGCGGCUGCACGCCCACUUCGAGCAGCACAAAGUCGACUUCUCCCUCAUUACGUUUAACUGGUUCCUGGUGGUGUUUGUGGACAGUGUGGUGAGCGACAUCCUCUUCAAGAUCUGGGAUGCGUUUCUGUUUGAAGGACCAAAGAUCAUAUUCCGCUUUGCUCUCGCUCUCUUCAAGUACAAAGAAGAAGAGUUUUUGAAGUUGCAGGACUCGACGGCCAUCUUCAAAUAUCUCAGAUACUUCACACGCACAAUCCUGGAUUCAAGGAAGCUGAUGAGCAUUGCCUUUGUGGACAUGAACCCAUUCCCCAUGAGGCAAAUCCACAAUCGGCGCUCCUUUCACCUGGAAAAAGUUCGCCUCGAGCUGACGGAACUGGAAGCGAUCCGACAGACCUUCCUCAGGGAAAGAGAAACGAGUCAGGCUAGACGGAGUUUUGUCAGCGAUGACGAGGAGGAAAACUGACUUCGGGCUUGUGGCUAAAAUAUGGAGACAAGGAGAUCAUCUCCGCAGAGCAGGGGUGUUCUGCAGUGAUGAAAGGAGUGCUUUCCCCACCCAAUCGUUGGAGUUGGUCUCUGCAUCAGAGCUGGAAUUAUCAACUUUAUACAUUUUGAGCAAAAACCACAUCAGAGGACCAAAACAUUACAGCCCGGAAGAGCUGAUUAUCAGUAUUCCUGCCAUUUCUUUUCAAAAUCUAGUUGAUGCUCUUAUUUUUUGUAUGCUUAUGUGUUCAUAUAAUGCCCAAAACACCUGCAGCCCAAAUCAGUAUUUUCAAGCAUAUGGCUGUGAUCUUUAUUUUAUAAAUGUCUUUUUAAGUGUGCUGAAGGAUUUAAUGUAUUGCAUACUCUGUUUUUUAUUAGAAUUUGUGCUAUUGUCUUCUAGUGUCUUGCAUUCUUUAUGUAUUUCUUUUUUCCCCCAAAUUGCCACUCAGAUGUGUGUACACUUGAAUCACUUAUGCUGAAAUGAAAAUGUUGCUGAAACUCAAGUCUUAAGGCUUUUAAACGUGGACAUAAAAUUCCCAGUUGUUUCCCUUCAGGGGAUGCUUCAAAAACAAAUAAUUUCCUCGCAUUAUCAGUUGCAGAGAGAGCAUCUCGAAAAUACCGAGCAGCAGUGUACUUGUAUCUCUAUAAGCCAUCGAAUUAAUGUUGUGAGCCAGUAUUGUCUUUUCUCAGCAUUGCUUAAUCCCUACAAAUCAUUUAAUUGUGUUUGGUGUUUCUAUGUGUACAGUUACAUGUUUAAAGGAUGUGGUUUUCUUGUGUGUAAUCCUACAUUUUUUUUUUUUUCUGAGCCCAAACUGCUGAUGCAAUUGCAUUUGUUGUCCUCAGUGUGGCAGUAUGACAUUCAUUUAUCUGGUGUUUACUUAGCUCACAGGUACCCACCCACCACACAGUUUGACUGUACUUGAAAUGGCUGUGAAGUCAUGAUGAUUAUUGCAUAAAGAGAGAGAGAGAGAGAGAAAAAAAAAAAGCAAAUGCCAUUUGAAGUCUAUGAGGGAAGCAUUUCACCAGAUUGCCACACGUCUCUCUUCCAUAAUCAGGUACUUGCACUGGGAUCAGCUUCUCUGUUUUCUACACCUGCGUUGAGGAAAGCUGAUAUUCCAAGCAUCAAAACCUGUGUUUAUAUUUGGUCAACCAGCUGUUAAGUCAAACUUUUCAGUCUGGUUGAAUGGGAUUU